GGCGUCGAAAUGCAACAGUCUCUUGUUGUAGUUUGAAUACAUGCGUUCACCGGCGAGUUAACCGCGAGAUUCUGAAAAUUUACCAAACGUGCGUGUGUAAAAUCGGUUUAGGUUGUGUUACUAUCAAUAGUGUUGCAUUUUAACAGGGAAAAUGAGUUAUACUACGAAAGUGGUGCAGGUGACGAAUGUGUCGCCGAGCACGACGUCUGAGCAGAUGAGGACACUCUUCGGCUUCCUGGGAACCAUCGAAGAGUUAAAAUUAUUCCCACCAGAUGAUUCACAGAUGCCUGUCACAUCACGGGUGUGCUUUGUGAAGUUCCAGGAACCCGAGUCUGUUGGAGUGUCUCAACAUCUUACCAAUACUGUGUUUGUGGACAGAGCAUUGAUCGUGGUCCCAUUUGCUGAAGGCUCAAUUCCAGAUGAAGCAAAAGCUCUGUCACUGUUGGCACCAGCCAAUGCUGUUGCUGGAAUUCUGCCAGGAGGAGGACUUCUCCCAACACCCAACCCUAUGGCUAAUGCAGCAAUUGGAAAUCCUUUGUUUUCGAACAUGGAUCCAAUGGCUGCCUUUGGUUUCCCUAACAUGAAUUCUCAGGCUACUGAUCAGUUGCUGAAAUUAAUGACGGAUCCAAAGCUGAACCCACUGGCUGCAGGCUUGAACCUUGGAGCAAGUUUGAAAGUCGAUUCAGCUAAUAAAGAAAUGGAAGAGGCCAUGAAGAGAGUCCGAGAAGCUCAGUCUCUUAUUUCUGCUGCAAUUGAACCAGGAAACAAGGAGAACAAGAAGAAGCGAUCCCGCUCUCGUUCAAGGUCAAGAAGGAGGUAUUCAAGGUCCCACUCAAGGCACAGGCGCAGCAGAUCAAGGCGACGAUCAAGAUCAAGAAGCAAGAGACGUUCCCGGAGCCCACGCAAAACACACACUCGUUCCAGAGACCGAGGCAGGAGAUCACAAAGUAGAUCCAGAGAUAAAAAGAGAGAUGACUCUGGAAGGAAGAGAUCUAAAACACCACCAAAGAGCUACAGCACAGCCAGGAGGUCACACAGUGUGAGUCGAAGGCACAGGAGAAGUCGCAGCAGCAGUCGAUCUCCUAAAAAGUCUCCAAAACGUAAAGUCUCCAGGUCUCCAUCUCCUCGAAGACACAAGAAGGAGAAGAAAAGAGAUAAAGAACGAGAAAGAGACCGCAAAAGCGAAAAAGAGCAUGGACAUGAAGAGCGAGAACACACUAGCAGCAAGAAAAAGAAAAGCAAAGACAAGGACAAGGACAAGGAAAAGGAAAAGGAAAAAGACAAAGAGUGGGACAGGAAGUCGGAUGGUGAUAAAGGAGAUAUUAAGAUCACCAGGGAUUAUGAUGAAGAGGAACAAGGUUAUGACAGCGACAAAGAACGAGAGUACAGGAAGGACUCGGAUGACUCUGCUUUUUCCCCUCAUUCCCAAGGCAACGGUAGAGCCAUGUCAUCAAAGCAGACCAAAGUUAACGGUGGUGAUGAUCACCAUGAUGACAUGGAUGUCAGUGACUAAGGAGUUCCUGCUUUUCCUUCAAAAAUCACCAAUAUCUGUUCCCAAAUGAAUAGUUUUCUUCUGACAAAUCUGAAAUGUGAAGAGUUUGAAAUUUUCACGCUGGAUUGUUGUGGUUUUUUGCCUUUAUCCUAUUUUUUCAUCUUAUUGUUUAUAAAAAAAAAAAACCCUUGUUUUGCCUGUCAUUAGCUCAAACUAGGCUCGCUUUGCUUUUCUUGGAUUUUGUCUUUUAUAUUGUACCUUACUUACACCUUUGUCAUGUAAUGAUGUAAUGUUAAUACAGCCUUCCCCAUCCUUUUGUAAACAGUUAAUUUACAUGCUUACGCUAUAGUAAAAUGUUGAUGUUUUAUCAGGGAUUUCUUUUUAUAAUAAAGCUCUGUUGGAGAACAAAA